AGGUAGGCCUAUGUAACAACCGCGUGAUGAGUAACUCUGCCUGAGACUUGAACACUUGCAUUAUGCUCUAGCUCAGCAGGCUAACACAGUCUUGGUGCCGUGGCCCAGGUGGGUCUCUGCGAGUUCUACCAGAAGCAGUGAAAUAUGAUAUGGAGCGAGUCUAUAUGACAGUCCCCAGAUAAGAGGGGGAAAUCAAACGUAUGACUGAUGCGAUACGAGGUUCCGAGCCCUAACACACAGAGAAGUAUCAAAUUCGAAGGGCAUCAAAAGUCACACACCGGUUGAGGCCAGAAACUUUGUGAAGUUCAGAGUGCACUGCCACAGGGUGCGGAUGUUUUUUUACUCAAGAUUCCGUGCAGUCAGUCACCCUGUUAGAUGUGCAGCAGAGAGAGUUGCGUACAGUCGACGAGGGCCAGAUUGUUGUUCACAGUGAAGUGACAGGGAAGGAUGUUAUGAGAUGCACGCUGCCAUCGUGUGACGAGCAUGUGUUGUAUGUUUAGGUAUGUUUAGGUAUGUUUAGGUAGAGCAGAGCAGUCACUGUCUCAUUCUGUUUGGCAUACAGUGUAUCAUUGCAUCUACCCUGUAAAAAGAUACCAGGGGAGCUUCAGUUUCACGACAAAACUGAGAACUUUCAAGAUGAACGUUUACUGGAUACCCACGAUCCUCCUCUCCCUCUCCAGUGCUGCCAACAUGAUAAGCUCAAACAGCUGUAAAGACAAGCUCAGAACGUUCUAUGUGGUCCGUGUGUCUGUCAACGGCAUUGCAUCGGUCAGAUGCCCCAACCUGACAGGCAAGGACCAGGAGGAGAUGAGAUUCCACCUAUACCUGGGCUUGGUCGAGGUUGGCAACCACACUCACGACAGUGCUCACAACCACAACUCCACAGAGACAGUGAGUCCUGUUGGGGAGGGUCUGGGGCUGAGGGUGAACGAACAGGACCAUACGGUCAGUUUUGUCCUCUCUGGAAUGACCACGGAGCGCGCUGGAGUCUAUACCUGUGAGGGGUACCCCAUGUACCCACCUCCCAUUGAGAAAGUACCAGACGAGCCUCAGACCUUGGUCCUGGUUGAAGCAUACCAGUGCCAGGCAGGGAAGACUGUGGGAUGUGUAGGCCCUAGAGUGCAUGGUGUCCCUGUUUGGGCAUGGGUGCUGGGAUUCUGGGUCACCACCAUCUAUGGCCUGGUUGUCACGGUCAUCGCCUUUGUCAUCUGGCUCAGACUGAGGAGAGUGGAGUGUUCCCAGAGUGACUACAUGAACAUCAAACCCAAAGCUCCACUCAGGGGGCACAGGAAGAAGCAGGGGGUCCAGCAUCCAAUCCGAAUGGGACGAUACUGAUCACUGUCAUCCUCAGAUCAGACAUCCUCAUACAAAAGACACGAGUUGAGCCUUUAUUGGCCCUUGAGAGCUGACUGGGGAAACAGACCAAGUUCUUGAUGGAAACAUGAAAGCUAGCUCUUCAAAUGACGAGGUGCACAUCUAAUUGUGCAUCUGAUUGCGUGUAAAUAAAGAUUUGAGUUAUC